CAUUAAACCGUUCACAUCAUAUGAGCGGUUGGGGACGUUCAGUCCAAGCAACUCUAAAUCAUAAAUGAAGCCAUCACCACUCCAAAGAUACGUACCUCUCCAUUCGAUCAUUCUCCACUUUAUGGCCGAUCAAUCAUGUCAAUCAAACCUCGGCCCGUCUCUUCCCCGAUCCCAUCUGCGUCACUUCCUCUAUCAAUUCGCCAUCGCAACCUCAGAAACCAAGCCAUACCAACUCAAUCCCACCAAACAAACCACUUCACUCACAAACACAAGCAACAAUGUCACGCCUUCUCCCCCGACGCAUUCUCCUAACCCCCCUCCGCACAACUCGCCUCUCCUCAACCUUCCAGACCCGCCCCUCACCACCAAAACUCCCCGCCGACCAACAAGCCGAAUUCGAGCGUCUCCAGCGCGCAGCCUCCGUGUCAUCUGCCUUCCAGCCCGAAGAAGCAUCAUCCGCUGCCACUACGCCUGCUACGUCGCAGGUCCGUCACACAACCACGCCCGAAAAGACGGAUGAUGUGAAUGUUGGCUUGUUCCGUGGUGCGCCGCCUGAGUUUGAGGGUGAUACGAAUCCCAAGACCGGAGAGGUUGGAGGCCCAAAGAAUGAGCCCCUGAGAUGGGGCGGAGAGGGCGACUGGUCUUACAAUGGACGAGUUACGGAUUUCUAAAGGCCAUCGAAAGCUGUGCCUGCAAAAGGGGAACUGGGUUCACCAUGUGGCGGCAACUGUACAAAAUUGUAUCAAAACUAGACGAGGCGACUUAGACUCAAAGGCCAUCGCCUUCUGAUUAAACUUGUUAUUAUCAUAAGAGGGGUAUUCUAAUGCUACAAGACUUUGGUUUCUCUGCCCUGCAAUGCAAUGACACCAACGCCUUUAAUCAACAUGUG